AAAAAGCUGGGAUCGUAGUUUGUUUUAUUGAUUGCAUUGGUAAUUGCAAAAAGAGUUCGCUAACUAACUUUUACGACACCUGCAUCACCGCCGGCUAUUAAGCGAAGAAGGUGAGCGAGCGAGCGAGAAGAGAGCGACUGGAGCGAACUAGCCACACUCGACAACCGACCAUCGACCAGAGCACAUCGUAUCGAAUCCAAUCGAGCCCAAUCCACGGUCCACAUCCGCCAGAGCCGCAUCGGAUCAGAAUCUGAGCCACAAGUAGAGUAGCCAAAAAUGGCCUGGAGAUUCAAGGCUUCCAAGUACAAAAAUGCCGCACCCAUUGUGCCCAAGGCGGAGGCCUGCGUCCGCGAGAUCUGCGUGGGCAGCUACCAGACGUACGGAAACAACAUCGCCGCCUCCGGUGCCUUUAUGGCUUUCAACUGGGAGCACACCGGUUCCAGUGUCGCAGUCCUGCCGCUGGACGACUGCGGACGGAAGAGCAAGACCAUGCCGCUGCUCCACGGACACACUGAUACGGUGACGGACCUAAAGUUCUCGCCAUUCCAUGACGGCCUGCUAGCCACCGCUUCGCAGGAUUGCCUGGUUAAGAUCUGGCACAUACCGGAAAAAGGUUUGGAGCAGUCGUUGUCCGAUCCAGAGGCCAUCUUCUCACACAAGCAGAGGCGCGUAGAGACAGUGGGCUUCCAUCCAACGGCCGAUGGCUUGAUGUACUCCACAGCCGCUGGUUGUGUGGCUCUCUUCGAUCUUAGCACUCAAAAGGAGAUCUUCUCGAACAAUGAACAUCCUGAGGUGAUACAAUCGGCCAGUUGGCGUGAGGAUGGUUCCGUUUUGGCCACCAGCUGCAAGGACAAGUGUGUGCGUAUCUUCGAUCCCCGCGCUGCCGGUUCACCGAUCCAGCUAACAGCUGAAUCGCACCAGAGCAUCAAGGACUCACGUGUUGUCUGGCUGGGCAACCAACAGCGCAUUCUCACCACCGGUUUUGAUGCGGCCCGCCUACGUCAGGUCAUAAUCCGUGAUGUGCGCAACUUUAACACUCCGGAAAAGACUCUCGAACUCGACUGCUCUACUGGCAUACUAAUGCCGCUCUUCGAUCCAGACACCAACAUGCUUUUCCUAGCCGGAAAGGGCGACACAACCAUCAACUAUUUGGAGAUUACGGACAAGGAUCCGUAUUUGAUCGAAGGAUUGCGUCACACCGGCGAGCAGACAAAGGGAGCCUGUCUGGUUCCCAAGCGGGCACUCAAAGUCAUGGAAGCAGAGGUCAAUCGAGUGCUGCAACUGACCUCCAACAUGGUUAUACCCAUUAUGUACCAGGUGCCCAGAAAGACGUACCGGGACUUCCAUGCCGAUCUCUAUCCGGAGACCACUGGCUACAAGACGGAACUGGUGGCCAGCGAGUGGUUGAACGGCAGCAAUCAGAUGGUGCCCAAGAUGAGCCUUGACCCCGCCAAGCGCGAGCACGGCGAUGAGCCAAUUAUUAUUCAUCGCGGCAAUCUAAGUGAUUUUGUUAAGAACCUGGAGAACCAGCGGGCCAAGAGCACCACCAUUGGGAAGCCAACUCCCAAUCAGCAGGCCAAGCGCAACGAUAACGAGCACUUUGUGAUGCUAAACAAGGGCAAUAACUUUGAGGAGAAGAACGGCAAUGACAACAGCAACGAGAGCAAUGGCAAGAAGGGGACGACACCUUCGCAAUCGCAGUGCCAGCCGGAUGGCGAGUGCAGUGAGCUCAUCCGCAAAUUCGAGGCCAAAUACAAGGUGGACUCGGAGAAGGAAAAGGCCCACGCCCACGCCCAGUCCCAGGAGGACGACAAGGAGUCCCCCACUGAGCAGGAGCAUUCGACGGGCAGUAGCGAGGAGCACUCUUCGUCUGGGGGCCUGGAUAAUCACUCGGCCAGUGGCAGUCACUCGCCACCGAAGCCCAUGCCACGCACCUCGCGCAACAAUUCCCUACCGGAGGCCAGCGAUUCCGCUGGGGAAAGCAGCAGCACCACUACGCCGCGCCCGAGGCCGCGCACCACCGCUGCGUCCGCCUACAAGCCACGACUGGGCCCGAAGCCCUUCUCCAGCACCACAGGUGACGUCUCAUUCGACAAGGUUUUCGCAGUCCCCCUGGCACCGGGAUCCCAUGAGAAUAUAUCGAGCGUUGGCCAGGACAGCGGAGUUGAAAUGACACCCGCCCAGGGCUCCAAACCGGAUCUCAUUGUGGAAAUCGAAAUCAAAAAGAAACACGAGAGGGAGCCUGUGGUGGCCGGAAACGGAGUCCAGAAGUCGCUGACCACCUCGGAGCGCCGCAAGUCCUCGGCCGACGAUGAUGAAUCAUCCGACAAGAUAUUUGAGCAGAACUCGGAGUCGUCUGAGAACUCGAUGGAGGGCGACGGUGACCGGACAGACGCCGAGAUGCGGCGAUUAUCCUCCUCCAGGAGCAGCUUCGCAGAGCGGCGGCGCAUUUACGAGAACCGCUCCAAGAGUCAGGUGGACGAGAAGCCCCAGUCGCCGGUGCCAUUACGUCGCGAGCACUCCAAGGUGGACCCACUGAAGCCCAGCCAACAGCAGCAGCAACAGGGCAAUAUAAUCGACACCAAGCGAAUUUCGGUGCCGGAAGGUAAGCUAAUGGAGGAGCACCGCCGGGGAAAUGGCGCUGGACUCAAGAAAUCCGCCACGGAGGCUGCUUUCAGUGCCGCCAGCACCAAGCGCACCUCCACAGUCUUCGGCAAGGUGUCCAAGUUCCGUCACUUGAAGGGCACUCCCGGGCACAAGUCGACGCACAUCGAGAACUUGCGCAACCUGAGCCGCCAGAUACCGGGCGAGUGCAAUGGCUUCCAUGCCAAUCAGGAGCGCGUUGCUGUGCCACUUUCGGGACCCGGCGGCAAGAUUGCCAUCUUCGAGUUGAGCCGACCCGGACGACUGCCCGAUGGCGUCAUUCCCUCGCUCGUGAACGGCAGCAACAUCAUGGACUUCCAGUGGGAUCCGUUCGAUGCCCAGCGACUGGCCGUGGCCUGCGACGAUGGCAUCGUCAAGAUCUGGCAAAUCGAAGCUGGCGGACUGAGUGAGCCCACAAACACACCCGCCGGCGAGCUAACUGCUCACCUGGACAAGAUAUACUUUAUUCGCUUCCACCCGCUGGCUGCCGAUGUUCUGCUAACCGCCAGCUACGACAUGACCAUCAAGCUGUGGGACUUGCGCACCAUGAGCGAGAAGUGUUCAAUGUCGGGCCACACGGAUCAGAUCUUCGAUUUUGCCUGGAGUCCCUGCGGCCGGCUGGGCGCCACCGUAUGCAAGGAUGGCAAGAUUAGGGUGUACAACCCGAGAAAAUCGGAGACGCCCAUCCGAGAGGGCAAUGGGCCGGUGGGUACUCGUGGAGCUCGCAUCACUUGGGCGCUGGACGGGCACUACAUCGUCUGCACUGGCUUUGACAAGGUUUCGGAGCGUCAGAUCAGUGUGUAUAACGCUCAGAAGCUUUCGGCGCCGUUGAACACGGCCAGCUUGGAUGUGUCGCCCUCGAUAUUGAUACCCUUCUACGACGAGGACAGCUCCACACUGUUUGUCACGGGCAAGGGCGACUCGACAAUCUACUGCUACGAGAUCACCGACGAGGAACCGUACAUCUGCCCGUUGUCGCACCAUCGUUGCACCUCGCUGCACCAGGGCCUCAGCUUCCUGACCAAGAACCACUGUGACGUGGCCAGCGUCGAGUUCUCCAAGGCCUAUCGAUUGACCAACACCACGAUUGAGCCCCUCAGUUUCACUGUGCCCCGCAUUAAGAGCGAGCUGUUCCAGGAUGACCUGUUCCCACCCACACGCAUCACCUGGAGCGCCACACUAAGUGCCGAGGAUUGGUUUGCCAGCAAUGACAAGGCGGCAGCCAAGGUCAGCCUCAAGCCAGAGGGCAUGGAAACAUUAUCUUCCAUACAGCAAGUGCCAGCGCAGCCCAUUAGGAAAUCGGAUCACACUCAGUUCGGAGGCCAGAAGUCCGAGUACGAGAUCAACAAGCAGCAGGAGAUCCAGAAGUCGGUCAGUGCACGCAUGGAGUUCACCACCAAGCUGGAGCAGGACGACAUGGAGGGCGUGGACGAGAACGAGUGGCAGGAGUAGCAGCGCAUCCAGCGUCUAAGGCGGACAUGAACCAUGGAAAUCAGUUCACAAUUUAGCGUUUAACCAUUGGGCGUAAUUUUUUUUUACCAAUUUAGACAUGACGCGGCAUCAUGACAAACCAGUAAAAUGCUCGACACAUAGACGGACGUAUACUUGUGGGCGAGCGUAUAUAGAGAACUCGUAGUUAAGCCGAAAGUAUAAAACUAACACAUUACCCACACUCAAGUACACACACCCUCUUCCCACACCAUCAUCACCAUCAUCAUCCCUGCAUUAAGUUCCUCGCUCCUCCGCCAAUUACUGCAGUUGCUCAAUAAUUGCCAAAUUACAAAUCAUAAGCCA